CAGCGCCUGGAAUCUGCCUAAGACCUGGACGUUUGGGGGAAACAGGAGGAUGGGAAUUUAAUGUUUGCUUUUGCAUUGUUUUAUUUGCUGCCUCCCAUCCCCCACAAAUCCCUGUUUCCUCGAGUUCGUUGGUUUAAGAUUUUAAGGAGACACAAUGCAGACUCGGGAAAAGGCAGCUGCCGUCCACAGCCGCUGUGCGCCUGCAGGGGGCAGCAGAUAUCUGCGUCCCGUGGUUUGUCUAGUGCUACUUCCGUAGCUUGGGAGCUAGCGCCACAGAGAAGGGUCCGGAAGGGUGAUAUCAAGAUGUCUGCCCCGCUGCUCCUCGGGGCCUUUGUGCAGGAGCGACUGACAGCUGCGGCCGAGGAAAUACUGGAGGUUUUUCAGAGGACGAUAGAAAAGUACGAAGAGGAGGCGUCCAGCUCCAAGCAGGAGAUCGAGAGGCUCAGGGGUCUGCUGCAAGAGUUUUCAAGCCGAGGAGAGGAAACUCCCCGCGAGCAGCGCUCAAACACCGAGCCGGAGGCGGAGGCGAGCCUCGGCGACGAUCAGAGGGACCCGGAGCCUCGAAUCAUUAAAGAGGAAGAUCAGGAGUUCUGGGCCCGUCAACAAGACGCGGAGCCGGGUGGAGAGCUCAACGAUGCUAGUGACUUGUAUCUCCCGCAGCCAGCCGCCCGGCAGACCCGCGGGAAGGAGGACACAAAACCGCUCUUGCAACCUCGGACUCACAACGGAGAAAGGGAGGAGCAGACUCAGGCGUCACGAGAAACUAGAACUGUACAGUGCAUUCUACCUUUCCCCUCAUCGCCGCCUUCGCAAACUCAGAUCCAAAAUGACGGGAUCCCACACGGUCGGGAACGCGAGAGACCUGCCGCAAGUUCUAUGUCGAGGACAGAACAAACCCAGAGGUCAAUUGUCCCCACCAGAGAGUCCACCGAGCUAUCUCGUUUGACUUCAGUUGCACCCGGCUGUCAUUGCUAUUUGUGCGAUAAAUCUUUUUCCUCCAACUAUCACUUGAUAAAUCACGCAUUUCGCAUGCACGCGAAGGAUGCGGGUUGUCUCUGCGCUGUGUGUGGAAAGAGGCUAGAUUCCCACGAUGGUCUGGACGUGCAUCUGAAAUCACACAAGGCCUCGAAAUGUUGCCACGUGUGCGGCAAACACUGCAACAGCACCACGGCCCUGGCUGAACACAUGACCAGCCACACCGGGGUGAAGCUGCACCGCUGCCACGUGUGUGGGAAAGAGUGCAGCCGGAAAGGGGAUUUGAAGAUACACAUGAGGAUCCACACAGGCGAGAAGCCCUUCUGCUGCUCCUUCUGCUGUAAAAGUUUCACCCACAGCGGACACCUGCGGAAGCACAUGAGAAGCCACACGGGAGAGAGGCCGCACCGCUGCAGUGUCUGCGGCAAAGGAUAUCUACAGAGCGCGCACCUCAAAUACCACCUAGGGACUCACACUCAGAAAUAUUGAUAUUUCUUCGUCCAGUGGGGGCCAAACCUUCCAUCCUCCUGACAUUUUUUGCGAAAUAAUGCACUGAAGAGACAGUUUUCUUGAAGGUCUUUAAAAGACGGCGGAUCGUGACAGAGACACAUUUUAUCAACUGACUUGCUAACUCAUAUUUAAGAGCAACUCUCGGGUAACCACUUGAAGUAUGCUCAACGCAGGAAUGGCAAAUUUAAAGGAAACAAUUUACCCCACAUCUGCUACAUUCUUCAUUCUCAGAAAACUGCUCGCGUCCUUUGACAUUUUUGGAAUCCUGCCGGAGCAGGAACCAAAACUGCAGCACCCCCGAUGAAUCUGUGGUGUAACAUCCUAUCAAAUGCAAAAGUUUGCUUACACUACCUCAUUUUGAAUUACACAUAUUGCCUCCCUUCACACUAUUAAUCAUUAAUCAGUUGUGCUUACAUGCAUAAUAUAUCCAACAGUGAUUCCAAAACACAUCUCAGAGUUUGUGUGUUCACCCUCGUUCUGCUCUGAUCCAACUUAAAAGACCGUGGGUGUCUUUUUGCCAGUUUAAAGUAAUAGGAAUAUUUAUUUAUUUAAUUUUUUUCAGUUGUGGUCAAAGGGAAUAUUUUGAUCUUUCGUCUUUCAGUUCCAGGAAAAUAUUUGCUCUGUUAGCAGUUUUAUAAAUACAGGCCCUGAUGUUUGCGAUAUUUUCCCUUUUACUGUUGAUAUGACCUUUGUUCUGGAGGGAAAUCAUUACUCUUCAACAACAGCCAGUAUGUGCUUCUUGCUUUUCCAGCGAAGCCUUUAAAUUUUGAGUAAUUACACUGUUGUUAACAUUAAGAAGAUAAAGAGUCUUUGUCAUUAUUGGUUUGGAUAAGACUUUCUAUAAACAGAACUUAACCAAGAACGAAGUGGAAUGUGAACAUGAAGCCCUUUGAACGCGUCACUGAUCAUGUCAGGUUUUAUGCAGCAGGUGUUCUGUUCCCCUCAGCAGCCACAUGUCUCAUGCAAAUAAAAUAAAAAAACUGACAACUUCCCCAGCUGGGCACUGAAUUGUUCAACAAAAAUGUAUAUUUUGCUCUAUUGUAUUCUAGAUUAUACUUAUUUGAACAGGUCCAUAAUUUCCUAGGACAUUUCCUGUAAGGAAACAUUUGAUUCUACAGAGAAAAGUAGAUUUUCAGUGUGUAGAUAUGUAUUUUUGAUUUUUUUCCCCCUCUCGUGUGAAAAGAAACAACACUUUUUUUGCUUGUAUAUAGUUCAUAUGGCGGAUGAGUUGGAAAACAGAAAAGUAGGUUUUCACAUUAAAUGUAUUUUCUCAGGUGUUAUGGUGCAAAACAAUAAACACAGUCAGUAGAAAGUGGGAGAAAAUAAAGCUAAUUGAAGAGGAAGUGCUGUAAGUGAAAGCCCAACAACUAAAACUACCACCGUUUUUAGAGAUUUGAACAGAAAAUAAGUUAAAGGGUUCAACAACAAAGCUGUUGAAUCAUUCCGUCAUUCCUGAAGUCUGGUGGUCAUCACAAAGUGGUAAAAGAAAAGAAAACGUUGGAGAAUGACAGAUACAUCCCUGCACCUUGACAACAUGUAGAAGAUAAGGAAAUGUCCUGGAGACUGUCUGACCUUCCUGCACUUUUAAAGCAAAGAGUUGAUACAAAUCUGCAGCUAAUUAGUUUACAUCUGUAGUUGUAGUUUAAAUAAAAGCAAAUCAUAUUGUUCAUAUUGAGCCUCUUUUGGCAAAGAUUCAAUUAACUUAAGCCCCCUUUGCAGAUAAUAAGCACUAUAUAGAUAUUCAAGAAAAUGGCUUGAACACAUUUAGUUGAACAUAAGAACAAUAAUGUGUUAAUCUCCUAUAAAAACAUGUUUUUUUAAAUA